GAUAAAUUAUGAACAACCUCUUUAUUUAACAGUUAUAUAACAGUGUCUGGAGUCAGAGCCUUCUUCAAAUUUGUUGUAACACAGGCUGCUACAGGAAAUCAUCUUCCCUCUCCCUGUCCACAGCCAUCAGCUUCUACAAGAGAAUUGUAUAAUAUGAUUUAAAAUAACAUUUAUUAACCCUUUGGGAUUAGUAAAGUACUACUGAAUUGAAUAAAACACCAACUUCAGUUUUAAAAUCAGGAAGUUGGCACCUAAAGCUGGUUCGCACUCUUUUUGUAGCCAUCACAUAGCUUUAGGCACAACUCGGGCUGGAUGUUUCACCACAGCCGUGUUCAACAAGUAUGAAACGCAGCUUCCCAUGAGCCUCUUGGGUGAGUGAUCCUGCUCUGCUUUGACUGUGGAUCUCUUAAUGGGAUUAUCUAUUCUCAGGGCAGGAGAAAUGCAGAGUGAGGAAUGUAUCGAGGGCAGACGUCUGACAGUAAACCUCGCACCCUGACACGCGAAAUCAGCUGAUGCAGACCUUUUACUCUUGUGUACACGGCAAUGAUGAGCAUGGAGGGCUUUGCACCUGACGCAGAGACAAACGGACACAAUUUUUCCACCAUGCCUGACAGCAAUGAUAGUGAGGAAGAAAGCAGUCAGGAGGAGCCACCGGUGCCCUGCUGGAGCGAGCUGUCCAUCAUAGAGCGUGUAGGCCUCAACAGUGUGGACAUGACAGAAAAGGACUUGGAGACGGCCUUCUCUCAGAUCUCCCUGGCCUUCCGCUGCGAUCAGUACACCCUGAAACAGAGGCUGCAGUCGGAGGAGCACGCACGCAACCUGGCCGAGGAGAACAUCCACCUGGAGCUCAGCCGAGGCAGGGAGACCCUGGAGACAUUGAAGGGUCUGUGUUUGGACAGUAAACGCAGCAGCAUCCUGCAGAGGCUGGAGCUUUCUCUGGACAUCCUCGGAGGGACAGUAGAGCGGAUCUCCAGCACAGCCGAGGUGCUCGGUGCCGUCCACCAGGAGGCUCGGGUGAGUCGUGCUGUGGAGCUCAUGGUGGCUCACGUGGAGAGUCUGAGGAGGCGUCAUGACAGAAAUUUAGCAGAGCUGGAAGAAGCCAAAAACAAUCUGCAGCAGCAGCAGCUGAACUCCAGCAGACACAGCAUUCAUCCCAGAACCACCCCAGUUGAACCAGAAAGACAGGAGGACAGGAAGAGGAGAAACUCUAAUCAGAGCAUCUUACGAAGGAGAGUCAGCGCAUCAAUCAUUUCCAGCCCAAAUCUGGAGAAGAAGAGAGAUUCAAGGAAGAGAACCUCUUCCUGGAAGAAACACUCUCCUCCACACUUGUCUCCAUCCCUGAGCUUAGAUUCUUGUAGCUUUGUGUUUACCCAAGAGGACAGCCACCUGAUGAAUGAAAGACAACCAGACCCAGAUCCACCAGGGGACUGUCUUCUGGACCUUUCUGCUCCCAGCCCAGAGAGCCAUCCGACAGAGGAAGUGAUUCCUUCAAAUACGCAGAACAGAAACCUCUCUCUGGAAUCUCUGCGACAAAGACAGAAAGCCAAAGCAGCUGCAUUAACCAAAGCGAAAGAAAGAAAAACAACAAUCCAGAGACAAAUCUCCAUUGGCACGCAGCAUCCUCUGCUGGUCCGGCUGCACCGCUGCCGAUGGGCAUGGAUCUGCACCAACCUGUUUGUGCUUUUCUGCGUCGUAGUGCUGACUUGCAUCAUGUGGAAGAUUCACGAAGGAGAGGCUGAGCCAUGAUCCGUAAACACUUUGGAAUACUUCAUCCUCAUUCUCUUCAAGGAUUUAGCUUACAGAAUAAAACCGUUUUCCAUCA